AUGGAUUUGGGGCGAAAGGUCAAUCCCGGUCUCAACUUACGACUAAAGCACGGAUUAGUUCGACGCAGCGGGGAAGACGUCAAACUAGUGGUGUCCAAGGAAAUCGCGGGCAAUAUUGCUUUCGCCCAGCUAAACGGAAUGAAGGACGAUCUUACCAAAUAUAUUGUUAGCUCUAUAACAGCCGAAGGAAGCAUCCCACUUGUUGUCAAAUCCACGAGCUAUGGCAACUUCAAGGAGUAUUUACCCUUUUUGGUUAGACCGAAUAUAGAAAGCAAGGCUAUUUUUGAGGGACGAGAGUGUUCAGUAAAAUGUAGUAAAAUACCCUGUAUUUAG